CAAGCAGUUGUAAAUGUGCCACGUGUGAUUUAUGUUGUGUUGACUCGAUUCGCCUGGAGAUCAAUCAACUCCGAUUUUACAAAACAGCGAAUUCAUUCACCAGAGGACGGAAUCUACUUUUGUUAGGUCAAUAGUCGAACGUCAUUUAAAUUUGACGUACGUCAAAAUGAAAUCAGCUGUUCCUUAAUUAAUUCGUCACAUCGAAGAAUUCGAUUGAUUUGUGAAAGUUUUGUGCGUCUCCUAACCACCAGUUUGUCCGCUUGUAAUGGACGGUAACAAAGAUGAAGCAGAUAAAUGUAUUAAGCUCGCCGAAUCGUACAUCCAAGAACGCAAUCGCGAGAAAGCCGAAAAAUUUCUUCACAAAGCUGAACGUCUCUAUCCUUCACAGAAAGCCAAAGAUCUCCUUGCCCAAGUAAAGUUGAUGGCGGAAAAGAAAGUGGAGACGGAGCAGCCGAGACGGCGCGCCAAUGUGGCCCCCAAGCCUGAAGAAACUCCCAAAGCCCCCGAGUACACCCCCGAUCAACUGGAGGCAGUGAAGAAAAUUAAUAAAUGUAAGGAUUACUACGAGAUUUUGGGAGUCAGCAAGGAUGCCACCGAUUCUGAAAUUAAAAAAGCGUACAAGAAAUUGGCCUUGCAGUUUCAUCCUGACAAGAACAAGUGUCCAGGGGCGGCAGAAGCUUUCAAGAAAAUUGGUAAUGCUGUGGCUAUCUUAACUGAUGUGGAAAAACGUAAACAAUAUGAUCAAUUUGGACCCGAAGAUGAACGAUUAUCAUCCAGAACUCACUACAAUAACACUUUCAGAGAAUUUGACGCUGACGGUGCAGAUGAAAUUUUCAACAUGUUCUUUGGAUCGGGUUUCAACGGAGCAAACGUAUAUGUACGAAGGGGCGGAAGAUGGCAGCGACAAGGUGCCGGCACUCAGGAAAGUCAUCACAACCACCACCAUCGAGAACAAAGCAAUUACUCAGCAUUCGUACAAUUAUUACCGAUAAUCCUCGCUAUCGUGUUAUCGAUGGCUUCAAGCUUUUUCGUAUCAGACCCCCCAUACAGUCUACAGGCGAAUCCGAAAUACCCGAUCGCGAGAAGUACAGCUAACCUGAAAAUACCAUACUAUGUGAAAGAAAAUUUUGCCGCCGAGUUUCAGGGUUCUGUGCGACGGCUCGAAAUGUCGGUCGAGGAGGAGUACAUCUCAACGUUGAGACAUUCCUGUUAUCGGGAGAAAAAUUAUCGUGAUUCGAUGAUCUGGAAAGCUAGAAAUUUUGGCGAUCGGGAAUUGUUUCAAGCAGCUCAGAAUAUAAAAACGCCAGCGUGUGAUAAGUUGCAGACUUUGAAGAAUUAUUAACCUUAACUUUGUUGUUUGUUGUAGACCAGGUUGUUGUUUUAUUAUAGAGCUGUAUUAUAAUAGUAUUUAUAUUUA